CUUCCCAGCAGCCUUUGCGGAGGGCACUCUGCGGGCGCUUCUUAGCAGCCGCAAGAUGGCGGACGUACCUGUACCUAUUAAAAAUUUGAGGCUCCUGGAUGUGAAACUGGGUCAGCUGCCCACCUGGAUAGCAUCACUGAACUAUACCCCCAGAGCAUUUCUGGAAUCAUGCAAGAGAGGCCACAACAGAUUCUAUUCAAAAUACUGGGAGCCGAAGAGAUGUGGCAUCAGCGGUCCUGCCAUGUUAUUAACCGCUUACGUGGUUUUCAGCUAUUAUUUAGUGUAUGAUCGCCUCAAGGAAGAACGCUGGAGAAAAUAUCACUAAGAUUUUCCCCCCGACAAGAAUACAAGUCCUCUUGCUGUGAUCAGUCAACUACAGGCAACUGACCUCUGUACGCUGAGACCAAUAAUAAAAUAAUUCAAUCUGUGUCUGGGAGAACUUAUUUCAAACACUAGAAGACAGAUGAGUGAGGAUACAAAAUACCUUUUAAAAAAUUAUGAAAACUAGUAAAUAUGGGAAGGUACUAAUAACUAGCUUCAAGAUCUGA